AUGCUUUUUCACUGUAUAAGUAACAGUGUUGUUCCUAGCUGCAAAACCAACUCAACAGAUAACACCAACAAUAUGCCUAUGUGUUGUGCCUGGGUUACUAGACCUGGAAGUUGGCCCUUGCCCGAUGAUCAGCUGAAGGGUCUUCUUAAGAGAUAUGACAUAAACAAAGAUGGCAAACUGAGUAGGAAAGAGCUGAAGGAAGCUUUCCGAAGCCUCGGCUUGAAAUUCAGUGGGUGGAGAGCUCGACGUGCCCUUCACCAUGCAGAUGCCAAUGGAGACGGAGUCAUCAGCGAAGAAGAGAUGAACGAGCUUGUCAAGUAUGCUUCAAGAUGGGGGUUUAUAAUUAGUUAGAUGGAGCCUUAUGAGUUAUCAAGAUGGGAAUCAUCUA